AUGGACCGCUUCAGCUUCGACGACUCCAUCCGCUUCGAGGAAGACUCCCUCUGCAGCUGGAGCUCCGAACCGGAAUCGCUGUGCAACAACUGGCGCGGCUGGAAGAAGCCCGCUGCAGGCAGCGGCGCAGGCAAUGGCGGCUUGAGCGGCAUGGGCGGUAUGGCUGUGGCCGGCGGCUCGGGAGCACCGCCGUUCGGAGGAGCAGGUGCCUCCGGUUCGUGCACACCGGGCGGCAAUGGAACGGCCAUGGCCAACACAUCCACCUGCGGCAGACAUUAUGAAGUAUCAACAUUGGCCGAACUGGCAGCCCGCUGUGUGGCCUCCUACAUACCGUUCGAGCUGGUGGAGCACGUGUAUCCGCCGGUGCCGGAGCAGCUGCAGCUGCGCAUUGCGUUCUGGAGCUUUCCGGACAACGAGGAGGACAUCCGGCUCUACUCCUGCCUGGCCAAUAGCUCGGCGGACGAGUUCAAUCGCGGCGACUCGUUGUUUCGGUUGCGAGCUGUCAAGGAUCCGCUGCAAAUAGGCUUUCACCUCUCGGCCAGCGUGGUCAAUCAGACGCCGCGUGCCUAUUUCAAUGUGGCCGUCACCUUUGACCGCCGACGCAUCUCCUCUUGCAACUGCACCUGCACCUCGUCCGCCUACUGGUGCUCCCACGUAGUCGCCGUUUGUCUGCAUCGCAUCCAUUGCCCCCAGGAGGUCUGUCUGCGUGCUCCGGUAUCGGAAUCAUUGACUCGCCUGCAACGCGACCAGUUGCAAAAGUUUGCCCAGUAUCUGAUCAGCGAGCUGCCUCAGCAGAUCUUGCCGACGGCUCAGCGGCUCCUGGAUGAGUUGCUCAGUGCGCAACCCACGGCGAUCAACACUGUGUGCGGUGCACCUGAUCCGACGGCCGGCGCCUCGAUCAAUGACCAGACCAGCUGGUAUCUGGACGAGAAGACGUUGCAUAACAACAUUAAACGAAUCCUCAUCAAGUUCUGUUUGCCCGCCCCGAUUGUGUUUAGCGACGUGAACUAUCUGACGAACUCAGCUCCCCCAGCGGCGGCCGAGUGGAGCUCGCUACUCCGACCGCUGCGGGGACGUGAGCCGGAGGGCAUGUGGAAUCUGCUUUCGAUCGUGCGCGAGAUGUACAGGCGCUGUGAUCGGAACGCAGUGCGUCUCCUGGAGAUCAUCACGGAGGAGUGCUUGUACUGCGAUCAGAUACUCAUCUGGUGGUUCCAGACGAAGCUGGCACUGAUGAUGGGGUCCCACGGCCACUCCGGCGGUAAGCACUCUAACACUCACUCCAACUCCACGGCUCUGCAGCAUGCUUGCAGUUCGCUGUGCGACGAAAUCGUUGCACUGUGGCGAUUGGCAGCGCUCAAUCCCGGCCUGGCGCCGGACGAGCGAGAUAUGCUGCACGCCCAGUUCACGGCCUGGCAUCUAAAGAUUCUUGACCGGGUGGUCAAGAGCCGAAUGAUGCCGUCGUCGUACACCAACAAGCACCAGCAGAACUCGAGAUCCGAGACGGAGCUGUUCAUCGGCUUCAAGCCGGCCAUCGAGGCGUGCUACUUGGACUGGGAGGGCUACCCCAUACCGGGAGUGACGCACACCCACGACACGAAUCCCAUCUACUACUCGCCGUUCACUUGCUUCAAGCACACGGACCUCAAGGGCGAGUCCAACAAUCCCGGCCAGCUGAAUGCCACCCAAGCGCUGAUGUCGAACAACAAGCACUACAAUUACUUUAGUUCAUCCAGCGAUCAUGGUAUGCACGCAGGAGCCUUCAAGCAGAGGUUGGACCGGCCUUUUCGUGAGUCGCGAUUCUAUACGAAUCCGGCCGAUCUGGACGGAGGAGCAGCGUUGGCGGGCGGAGGAUCUGGCAGGUUUUCCACGGGACUGGGUUCCGUUGCCGUUGGAGGAGCUGGUGGAGGAGGCUUGGGUCAGAUGAGCGGAGGAGUUAAUAAUUCCGUUGGAGGGUCAGCGGCCGCCGAAGUGAAUCCCGUGCAGCAGCAGCUUCCCAGUGGCUCGGCGGGAGUCGGUGCCUCUGUGACAAAUGUCAAGGUUGUGGUAGCAACGGAUGGCAAUCGUUCGAGUGCCAGCAGCGAGGGAUUCUGCGAGAACGAUGAUUUCGGCGGCGACACCAGCAGCAGUCAUAACUACUGUCCACCUGGACAGGCGGUUGUGCCUGGCCAGAAAUCUGCCCUCACGGAGUCGGAUUCGCAGAGCAGCUUCGAUGCAGUGUCGCAGCAGAGCAAGGAUGAGCCACCAGUCGGGGGAGUGGGUGUGGCAGUGGGUGUUGAACAAGCCCUUUCCACAUCUGACACUUCGUCGGCCUCCUCCUCUUCGUCAUCUGCUUCUACAGCUUCGGGGAGCUCUAAUAGUUCCACUUCCUCUAUGCUGAUGGCUGGACAGGAGGCGACUGUCGGGGUUGGUGGCGCUGUGCAGCAAACACCUCGUCGCCUCAGCAAGGAUGAAUCCUUUAGCAGCAGUAGCGACGAGUUCAACCAGGGAGGCGUGGGUGGAUCAGCAGGUCGAGCGGCUAUGGCCUCCAGUGGAAGUGGAUCGGGUGCUGGCGACGCAGUAGCGGUAGGAGCGGGAUCAACAGCUGGCGGAGAUCUGACGCCGGUGCCCAGCACGUCGGCAGCUGCCCGUGCUGCCUUGGCCGCUAGCUCCACGGGGCCGGUGAUUUCCGCUUCACCUCAUCUUGCAGCCAGCGCAGCAGGAGGCUUAGGAGUGCUGGGUGUGGGUGCAUUGGGUGCAGACCAGCCUUGCACCUCAUCCGCGCAUGCAGCCCGAGCUCUGGCAGCUGCAGUGGCUGCUUCCAGCGACAAGCCGCAUGUUUUCUCCAAUGUGCGGCCCACAGAGGACGCCUGGGAUAUACUGCUGGCCAGAGCCGAGGGUCUGCAUGCCCACGGUCACGGAGCCGAGGCUUGCAUCCUGGCCGUCCGGCUGGCCGAACAGAUGCUGGCUAAUCCGCCUAACCUACUUCUGGAACUGCCACCCGCACCCAAGAGAAAGGGCAAGAAGCAAAACGUGAAUCCCAUCUCGCAUCAGCUGACAGUUGUGGCCUCUGCAACGCUGUCCAAGUGUGCUUUUCUCUGCACAGUGCUGUCGGAGAACUCUGAACACUACCACAUUGGGUUUCGGAUAUGCCUCUUCGCCUUGGAGAUGCCGCGACCGCCAGCAAGCACCAAGCCCCUGGAAGUCAAGCUGGCCAACCAGGAGGCGGACAUACUGGCUCUACUGAAGCGCCUGCCGCUGGGAUCCGCGGAGCUGCAAGUAAUCCGAGAGCGAGCUGAGCAAUUGCGCAGCGGAACCUUUAAGACGCGAGGAGAGGCUCUGUUGCCGAUUAACCUGGCCACGUUUAUUUUCGAUGCCCUAGUUACCCUUAGCCCCUUGGGUGGAUCCACAAUUGUCCCUGGCGUGGCAUCCUCUAGUGGUGUAUCAAGUGCGGCCGGCAAGUCUAUGGUCAAUACAGGCACACGUUUGCUGCUCUACAAGCACAACAGCGAUGAGAGUCUGGGAUUCGAUGCUGCAGUCGCUGCUCUAGGACUAAAAGCCAAUGUGUCGGAGGCAGAGCAUCCGUUGUUGUGCGAAGGAACCCGCCGGCAGCGCGGGGAUCUUGCUCUGACAUUGCUUUCCCACUACAAGGAUGAGCCCCGCAAGAUAGCCAAGAUCAUGGAGAAGCUUCUGGACAGGGACAUACAUACGCUUCUAAAUGCGCCACUCCUGCCCGCUUAUUACUCGAGUAAUCCGCCUGUGAGGACGCGAAGUAAUCAGCCCACGCGCAGAGAGGAUCACGAUUAUGGCGGUGGCUCUGGAUGCGCCUCUUCCAACUGCAAUCCGGUAGCCAAUUUGUGUGAACUUCUGCCGGCGGACUACGGCAGUGUGGGAGGAAACAGUCGCCCACACAGCUCCACGAGUGCCGAACUGGAACUAAGCAUGUGUGCCCUGAGCAUGGCCAGCAGUGGCAGCCAGUCGGGAGGCGUUCAAGGUAUGGUGCCCACAACGAAUGCAGCGGGAAACACGGGAACCCCCAGUUCCAGCAGCACGACGGUCAGCGGAAGCCAGAAUCCCAAUGGUAAUCCCAGUGGCAGCGGUGGAGGUGGAAACGGCGGAGGUGGCAACGGUGGUGGAGGCGGCGGCGGAGGUGGUGGAGGCUCCACCAGUAGCCGAAGCAAGGAAAGCCGCUACAAGGGAAAGAGAGCAUAUCCCUCGAUACCCAACCAGCCAUCGGAAGCCAGUGCUCACUUCAUGUUCGAGCUGGCCAAGAAUGUGCUGACCAAGGCCGGCGGCAAUAGUUCCACAUCGCUCUUCACCCAGGCGAGCACCAGCCAAAAUCACCAUGGACCGCACCGUGCCCUUCACAUGUGCGCCUUCCAACUAGGGCUGUAUGCCCUUGGUCUGCACAACUGUGUGAGCCCCAAUUGGCUAUCGAGGACGUACUCGUCGCACGUCUCCUGGAUCCUGGGGCAAGCUAUGGAAAUUGGUGCGCCGGCGAUAAGCUUUCUUAUUGACACUUGGGAGGCGCAUCUCACGCCUCCCGAAGCGGCUGGCAUGGCCGAUCGUGCGUCGCGCGGAUGGGACAGCAACAUGGUCUAUCCAGCGGCGGAGCUAGCCCUGUCUGUUCUGCCCCACGCAGCUGCCCUCAAUCCCAACGAGAUCCAGCGUGCGAUUCUGCAGUGCAAGGAGCAAAGCGAUCUGAUGCUGGAGCGGGCCUGUCUAACCGUGGAGACAGCUGCCAAGGGCGGCGGCGUCUAUCCGGAGGUGCUGUUCCAGGUAGCGCGCUACUGGUACGAGCUGUACAUGCGGAACACGCCGAAUAACAGCGAGUUUGAGCCGCACGACGACACCAUGGACCAUUCGGCCGUGAGUCUGAGCGCCCUCAUCGAGUCCCAGCAGCAGCACGAGCUCCAGCAGCAACAACAGGCAGUGCAGCAGCAACAGGCGGUUCAGCAACAGCAGCAGGUGGUGCAGCAACAGCAGCAGGUGGUGCAGCAGCAACAACAGCUUGGCAUGCCCAAUCCCGUGGUGCAAGGCGGCGUGGGCCCCGGACCCGGACUUCCCGUAGCAGUGCCGCCACCCGUAGUUGGUUCUGUCCAGAAUCCACAGGCCCAAUUCCAACCCGUUGGCGUCGCCUCACUGGCUCCCCUCGGAAUGGCGCAGUAUCCACCGUACAGCUUCUGCCAGGGCUUGUAUGCGCACCACCACAACCUGAGCUACCCGCCUGGGCAGAUGCAGAUGUUCAUUUCGGCAGGGCCGCCGCCGCCACCUCAAGCAUACGGCGGCUACCAGCAGCCGCCGCCACAGCAGCCGCCGAAUCCGCAGCAACAGCAGCAGGUUGUGCAACAGCAGGUGCAGCAGCAGCAGGUGGUGCAACAGCAACAGCAGCAGGUUCAGAUGGGCGGUCAGGCGCCACCAGGUCACCCUGGGCAGCAAGGACAUCCGGGCCAACCGCCCUCUGGCUUCCAGCCGCAACCACUGCCAGGAGCAUUCCAGGCGCUGCCGCCGCAGGCCUAUCAGGCAAUGCAAGCGGGUCCUCCGGGCCCGCCGAUGGGUCCGCCUCAGGGCUACUAUGGUCCACCACCACCACCGCCUCCGAACGGUCCGCCUGGCGUGGGCGUCGGCGUUGGAGUGGGCGUGAUGCCAAUGCGCCAGCAUCAGCACCAACAUCCCGUUUACCCAUUCAUGCAGCAGGCGCCGCCGCAGCCACCGCAGCAGCAACAACCGCCGCCCUCGCAGCCACCCGUGCGACAACGACAACCACAUCAGUUUACACCCACCCAGCUGCGAUAUCUGCUGGCUGCCUACAAUGUGGGUAUGCUAGCCAUGGAAACAUUAGCGCGACGCGUCCACGACGAUCGGCCGCAGGCGAAGUAUGCCCGUAAUCCGCCAUACGGCGAGGAUGUGAAAUGGUUGCUACGGAUCAGCAAGAAACUGGGCACCCAGUAUCUGCACCAGUUCUGCAUCUGUGCGGUCAAUUCGAUCGUGAGUCCGUUCGUGCUGCACGACGUGGCUAUUGAGUCCGCCCACUAUCUGGGCAGGAACAACCACCAGAUGGUGAUGCAGCACCUGCGUUCUGCGCUCACACCUCUCGUCCAGAAGUGCCAGCAGAUGUACAUCCAAUGCAUCCACCAGAAGCUGUAUCAUCUGACCCAGGGCGACUAUGAGGAGUUUGCUAGCAUUGUGGUGGCGGCACGCGCCGCUUUCCAGAUCACGCCGGAGGGGAACGCGCAAUUCAAGGACUGGCUGCAGUCUAUCAAGCGAUCGAAAUCAUGCAAAAAGGAGCUGUGGUCCCAGAUCAAUGCGGCCCUGCAGAGCAACUCCAAAUGACAAAGACUUGACUCCUGCAAUCUGAUGACGGCAGUGGCAACAGCAACAUUGGCGACGACGACGGCGGCGGCAGGAACAUCGGCCACAGCUGAGUGCAAGACAACAACGGUGGCGGCGAGCAGCAGCGGCAACAACAGCGCUGGUAAUCACAA